AAAACCCACAAUUUCACAUCUGCAAACACUGUCUUCAUCCACUUGACUCCUAAGACCCGCCCACACGUGGCCAACCUUUCGCGGUUUUUAAUGCUUUUUCACUGCAGGUUCAUGUGUUGAGACCAACCUUAUAUGGACCGAUCGGACAAGCCGGAUUGUCCGAAGAGGAAGGAAAAGGAGAAGAAGAAGAAGGAGAAGAAGGAGAAGAAGGAGGAAAAAAAAGCUGGUGCAGCAACUUUUUUCCCCUGCAUAUUUCCCCCCCUCCACCAGAAUAUGUCGUUGACCAACACAAAGACGGGCUUUUCUGUAAAGGACAUUUUGGACCUUCCUGACACGAACGACGAAGAUGGAUCUAUCACCGGCGCGGAGGAAGACACGGAGGGAUCGGAGACCACGUCCACGACAAAAACCGCUGGAGUUUUGGUGCAAAGUCCUCUAGAAAACGCUCAGAACCUGCCUUUAAAGAACCCCUUUUAUGACAGUAGUGACAAUCCUUACACACGAUGGCUUGCUACUACGGACAGCAUCCAAUAUUCAUUGUUUCUCCCGUUUCUUGCCGCAGUGCACGGUCUCUCCGCCAGCUCGCAGGACUCAGCCAAGUCCCCGGAGCCGUCCGCGGACGACGAAUCGCCGGACAACGACAAGGAGACCUCCAGCAGCGGCGGCAGCGACUCCGGCAAGAAGCGGAAAAGGCGGGUGUUGUUCUCCAAGGCGCAGACCUACGAGCUGGAGCGCCGCUUCAGGCAGCAGCGGUACCUGUCCGCCCCGGAGAGGGAGCACCUGGCCAGCCUGAUCCGCCUCACCCCGACCCAAGUGAAGAUCUGGUUCCAGAACCACCGGUAUAAGAUGAAGAGAGCCCGGGCCGAGAAAGGUAUGGAAGUGACCCAUCUCCCUUCUCCCAGGCGGGUGGCCGUGCCCGUCUUAGUCAGGGAUGGAAAGCCUUGUCACACUCUUAAAGCUCAGGACUUGGCGGCCACUUUUCAGGCCGGGAUCCCCUUCUCGGCUUACAGUGCCCAGUCACUCCAACACAUGCAGUAUAACGCGCAGUACAGCGCCGCGGCCACGCCACAGUUCCCCACAGCACACCAUUUGGUGCAAACGCAACAGUGGACUUGGUGAGAGAAAUUAUAGAGACUUGGCUUGGAGGCACGAUAGGGAGUUUCACCACAAAGCAAAGAGAAAGAAAGAAAAAAAGAAACACAAAAAAAACAAAAAGACUUUUCAUUUUUGCAGCUUGACUCAUAUAUAUACUACCAUUUUUAUUCGGGGCUCAUGUGUGCGCCGUGUUUACGUGUUUUCGUUAAGAGAACUGGGUCCAAACCUCUCCCUUAUAGAUUUUAUUAAGAAUGUCAAUGCUCUUCUUGUGAAUUUUUUUUGAUUUGUAAAAGUAUGUUGUGUGUUGGUUGUAGAGAUGUUUCCUCUCUUUUUUUAUUUUUCUUUUGUCCCUUCGUGUUAUUAUCAGCACGUGCGAACCACUUUAUAAUUAUAGAAAUUUUUAAUUUCUUGCUUCUUUUAUGGACCGAAAAAAUAUUUAUGGCCAUGAAUAAACACUGGCAACUUUUCAGCUAUUUUUCCUUUUUGGUUUUUAUUUCCUGUAAAUAUCCUGUGGCACAUGUUUGCAAACCUAGAGAACUUUUCGGGAGCGUUGAGCUGAAAUAUCGACCUAUAAAUAUAUAUUAUAUUUCCAAAUUUAAAAAACAAGACAAAUGAGGGAGUGAUUUUUUUGGCUAAAUCACAAAUGUAAAUAUCAGUGUAGCCUCGCAGUGAUGGCUAAAGAUCCACAUUUUUAUAAGGAUUUUUUUCAAAUAAAAAGCUGUGUUUCUGAAAGAGGGUUUGGUUUAUAUACAAGUGUCCUAUUCCACAAUGAAAGGCUAAGAAGCUAAACGCUAUAUUGUGGCACAGAAUGGAGCUCGAUUAUGGGAAUAAAUCUCCAGCGCA